AUGUCAUACUUGCAAUGUACACCAGCAAUGAUACAGGUGCCAUGCACAGGUGGUACAACAACACAUAUCCUUGAAGCGAUUGGUACCGAACGAUUAGCAUUUAAAGUGAAACUAAAGCAAAAAUAUUACAAUUUAUACAGAGUAUCGCCACCUCUUGGUUUCGUAAAACCAGGCAUGAAAAAGGAACUUUUUUUGCGACGAUUGCCUGGAAAACCAGGAAAAACGAAAUUAGUGGUAGAGUAUAUAGCAUCACCAGAAGGUUAUGAUCCAAGGAAACCAUUUGUUGAAGGAGCUGACGUAGGUGUACUGGAUAUACGUGUAAGAGCAUAUAGCGAUAGGAGAAUACCAGAUAAAGUACCAAAGGUUAUGGGUAAAUUGGUAACAAAGGCAGGACAAAAGUUUGUUCCAACACCAGGUUACGAUGAUCUUAAAUUGGAAACAGAAAUUAAUGAUUUGUACAAGAAUAAAGAGAGCAUAUUGUCAACUGAACACGAAAUAUUGAAAGCUAAAGAAGGGAAGGGAAAAGUUGAAAAGAAAGAAGAAAAAGAUGAAAGUCUUACUACAACUGAUGAAGAUGAUAAGAAAAGCAAAGAAAGUGGAGCUCCUAUUCAAGUGGUCAUACCAAAUUUAUGGAAGGGUUUAAAAGUUGGUGAAGUGCAGAAGACUAAUGAUGAAUUAAAAGCGGUUCUGGAAUUGGUAACCAAUGAAAAUAAACGUUUGGAAGAAAUUAUUAAACAAAUGAUGAAAGAAAUUACUUUUCUUCGUGAAUCACUUCUUUCAACUGUGAUGAAAUUAGCAAAUACGAUUACAUCAGGUACGUCAACAACAAGUGGUGCUGAAGCAAUAUCAGCCGCACAUACCGCUGCUUCUGCUGCUAUUGGGAAGAGUCGUAGUGGUACCAGUAUUGGUGGUACUAUUAUCUCUGAUGGUGCAAAAACUGCUACCGGUGUUAGUCGUCCCGUUGUUAGCGGUGCUGGCGGUACUAAAAUUUCUACUGCUACCAAUAUGAGCCGUGGACCAAAUUCUGUUGCUAGCGGUACUGGUAACGCUAAGAUUUCAACCGCUACCGGUGUUAGCAGAAUUACAGGUUCUGCUGCUGGUGUUCCUAGUGCCAUUAAAAGUCCUGUUUCUGUAAGUGCUGGUGGUGGUGGUACUCAUGAUACUAAAAUUUCUGUACUGAGCGAUGCUAGCGCUGUCCGUGAUGCCAAAAGUACAAUUAGUGUUGGUGCAAUAAGUCAAACCGGUGCAGGUGCUGAAGUUGAGCAGUACUUGUCAUCAAUGUUAGCUGGAGGUGGACAUACGAUAGGAGCGAAAGAAAGUGAUGAAGGUACUGCGGUUGCUGGUGGUGGAUUAAAGGAAUUUUCACUGUAUUUCGCAGGUGCUAGUCCUGGUGCUUUAACCAGUGCAUAUAUGAGUGCUCCCAGUCGUGGUUCCAGUAAAGCUAAAGAUACGAGCUUUGCAUUUGGAAAUACUGCUGAUCAACUUGACCGAGGCGGUCGUCCUGAUAGUCCAGGUGGUGGUAGCACGAGUGACGGUGGCGGUGGCGUUAUUCAUGGUGGUGGUCCUGCUUAUCGUGCAACAUCAGUCUAUCUUCUUAAUAAUUGA